CUUGCUAUAACCAUCAACACCAAGUAUUAAGCAUUAACCACAUCGAUCGGGUUUUUCCCGUUUCUUCUCCGACAACCGAAAAAAAAAAAACUGGAAAAAGAGGGAAAUCCAAAUCUACUGUCUUUUUCAAUCUCAAAGUGGCACAAUCCUUGCUAUCAAUACGUUUUUCUUAUGCAAAGAACACGAUCGAUCGGAACUUGUAAUAAGAAUCCACUGCAAAAAUGGACAAAGAAACCGAGCUACUAUCGCGCCUAGCCGCGAAUCAUCUCCACUUAGCUCAAUUCGAGCCAUUACGAGCUAUUCUGAUAGCUCUCCGAUCAAAAAACCCUGAACUAGCGCUUGCAAUCCUUCAAACUCUAGUAGCUAACUCAGGUCGCUUCGAGAACAUUCUCUGGUCACCAUCUUGCCCUUCGCCUUCUCUUCUCACCUAUCUAUCAACCCUAGAGCUUUUAGAAUACAGUAAUUCCACGUCACGUACAUGGAGUUUCGAUCCAGGUAUCUUGCGAUUGCGCGCGGAGUUUCUUCUACUGAUUCAAGUUCUAAGCGACAUGGUGACAGAGAGCAUGCGCAAGAAUGUGGACUUAGAGAGCAUUGAGAGAGAGAAGGAAAAUGAUGAUUUUAGUGAGAAAGAGGAGUUGUUGGGUAGGAGCGAGGAUUUGAAGGAUGGAAGUGAUGAAUUGGGGGAUUGCUUGCGGGUUUUGGAUAAGGUUUUGGAGUUGGGAGUGAAGAGAUUGAAGCCAGAUAUUAGAGUGGAUAGUGAUGAUACUGUUAAUGAAGAGGCCCCGGGGAGUAAGAGAACAGCGGGUUCCGCUGUUCCUUCUAUUGAAGAAGGAGAAAUUAUGUGUUUGAGAAGGGCAAUUUUGGAACAUGCUGAUGUUUUUGAAGCGUUGUGUUGGAAUAUUCAGCAGCAGUUGAAGGGCGAUGAGGUUGAGAAAUCUGGUUUAGCUAUAACCGUGAGGAGGGACGAGAAGGUGAGCAUGGAUAUUUUGAAGGAUAUUGCUGAGGAUGAGGAGGAGGCAACAAAGUUGCUUACUUUGAUUCAAAGAAGUGUUCAGUUAGCUCAUUUAGACGCCGUGAAGAAGUGUUUGGGGGUAGGAGAUGAAGAAGGAGCUUUUUCUCACAUUCGUUAUCUUUACCUUGAUCGUGGAGUGGAGGAGGCUGAAUAUCGCACGGUUUUGCAAGAUCUCCUUGUGAGGGUAUUGUCAAGAAGGGAAGAAUAUGGAGACUCCCGGGGAGUCAUGCAAGAAAAGUUGCUAUGCGUUUAUAGAGAGGCCCUUUCGUCAAAUUGUGGACAAAUUGUUGGAAUAAUUCAGGUUAUCCAGGAUGACUUGCUCCGUAAGGAGAUUGGAACCUCUCGAACACUUGACAACAGCCAGAUUCCACCUCCUUUGGAGCGCUUUCAAAAAUAUCUCAAAGAAACGAGAAUGGAUGCAGACUCUACUGAUCCAGCUUCUUCCUUGAAUGUUGCUGUCAGUUUUUGCAUGAGAGACAUGUACCAUUAUGCCCGUGUUUCUGGACUUCAUGUCCUCGAAUGUAUCAUGGAUAUGGCACUCUCUGCUGUCAAGAGGGAGCAGCUUCAAGAGGCUAGCAAUGUUCUUAUGUUAUUUCCACGACUUAGGCCUCUGGUAGCUGUGAUGGGUUGGGAUCUGUUGUCUGGCAAGACAACAGCUCGAAGAAAAUUAAUGCAACUUCUCUGGACUUCUAGUAAAUCGCAAGUAUUUCGACUGGAAGAAUCUUCACUAUACAGUAAUCAAAUGGAUGAGAUAUCUUGUGUGGAACAUCUGUGUGAUUCAUUAUGUUAUCAGCUUGAUCUUGCCUCUUUUGUUGCAUGUGUCAAUUCUGGUCAAGCAUGGAAUUCAAGGUCCUCAUUAUUGUUGUCUGGCAACCAACAAAUAAUUUCUGGAGAUGAAGUUAAUCAAGCAGAACCUUUUGUUGAAAACUUCGUGCUGGAAAGGCUUUCUGUUCAGAGUCCUCUUCUUGUGCUUUUUGAUGUUGUUCCUAUCAUAAAAUUCCAGGAUGCCAUUGAAUUAAUAAGUAUGCAGCCAAUUGCUUCUACAGUAUCAGCCUGGAAAAGGAUGCAAGACAUUGAACUUAUGCACAUGCGUUAUGCUUUGGAAUCUAUUAUUCUCGCCCUAGGAAUAAUGGAAAGGUCUACCAAUGAUGAAAAAGAGAGUCAUCAUCAAUCAGCUUUGUGCCAUUUGAAAGAUCUGAAGAACCAUUUGGAGGCAAUUACAAAUAUUCCACGCAAGAUAUUGAUGGUGAAUGUUAUAAUUUCACUUUUACAUAUGGAUGAUAUCUCUCUCAAUUUGACGCAUUGUGCCUCACCAGGAAGCAAUUCUGAAUCACACUCUGCAUGUCCUUGGGAGCUUACCAAUGUCACUACAUGUGAAGGGGGAAACGAACUGGUUAUUUCUUUCACAGGAUUGUUGCUCGAUAUCUUGCAUCGCAACCUUCCACCUGGCAUUAUUGAAGAGCACGCAUUAAAUGAUACUGCAAAUUCGGGUGGAAGACAGGCUUUAGAUUGGAGAAUAUCCAUUGCUAAACAUUUUAUUGAAGAUUGGCAAUGGAGGUUGUCAAUUUUGCAGCGUCUUCUACCAUUAUCUGAGCGCCAGUGGAAGUGGAAAGAGGCAUUGACUGUCUUACGUGCGGCCCCAUCCAAGCUACUUAACCUUUGCAUGCAAAGGGCAAAGUAUGACAUUGGGGAAGAAGCAGUUCAUCGUUUCUCAUUGUCAGCAGAAGAUAGAGCUACCCUUGAAUUGGCUGAAUGGGUUGAUGGUGCUUUCAGAAGAGCAUCUGAAUCCAGAUUGGUAGAAGACACAGUUUCUCGUGCUGCUGAUGGAACCUCAUCAGGGCAAGACUUAGAUUUUUCUUCUCUGCGUUCUCAGUUAGGUCCUUUGGCUGCAGUUCUUCUAUGUAUUGAUAUUGCGGCAACUUGUGCAAGGUCGGGAGAUAUGUCCCAACAACUUUUGGAUCAGGCUCAAGUCAUGUUAUCUGAGAUAUAUCCAGGAGGUUCUCCUAAAACAGGCUACACUUACUGGGAUCAAAUCCAUGAAGUGGGAAUUAUUUCGGUCUCACGACGUAUCCUAAAGCGCCUGCACGAAUUGUUGGAACAAGAUGAUAAUCCUGGUCUCCAGCAAUUUUAUCUGGGGAUGUUAUUAUUUUCAAACAUCAAAGGAGUUUUUGGAUUCGUCAGGGGCAAAAGAACGUGCUCUUGCCUAUGCUUCAUCAGAUGAUGAAGAUGCUC